AUGAGGAUUGAUGUCUCCAGGUUCUCAGAAGAAUCCUGCUCUGAUGGAGAUAGAUCAGUACACUCUGAUAAGGGACACACAGUGGAGAAACAGUUAGGAUGGUUAUUCAGCUGGCUUCCUGCCUGGUGUCCUACGUCGCUGCUACACCUUAAGGAGGCUGAGGACAAAAUGCUAAAAUGUGUUGCAAGCACAUACAAUAAACGAUAUGUGUAUAUAUCUAAUGGAAAUAAAAUAUGGACAGUGACAUUCUCUCCGGACCUUUCACAUAAAACUCCGCUUGUUCUUCUGCAUGGGUUUGGAGGAGGUGUUGGACUGUGGGCUCUGAAUUUUGAUGAUCUCUGUGAGAACAGGACCGUUCAUGCUUUCGACCUCUUGGGAUUUGGACGUAGCAGUAGACCACACUUUGACACUGAUGCUCGGGAAGCAGAAAAUCAGUUUGUGGAAUCCAUAGAAGAAUGGAGAAAGGAGGUGGGGUUAGAAAAAAUGAUUUUACUUGGACACAACCUAGGUGGAUUCCUGGCUGCUGCUUACUCGUUAAAAUACCCAUCAAGGGUCAAACAUCUUAUCUUAGUGGAGCCAUGGGGUUUUCCAGAGAGGCCUGACAAUGCUGAACACGAAAGACCAAUUCCAAUCUGGAUUAAAGCACUAGGAGCUGUAUUAAGUCCAUUUAAUCCAUUAGCUGGGCUGAGGAUAGCAGGACCCUUUGGAUUAAGCCUUGUUCAGCGUUUAAGACCAGAUUUCAAGCGAAAAUAUUCAUCGAUGUUUGAUGAUAACACUGUGGCUGAAUAUAUCUAUCACUGCAAUGUACAGUCACCCAGUGGUGAAACAGCUUUCAAGAACAUGACUAUUCCUUAUGGAUGGGCAAAAAGGCCGAUGCUGCAACGGAUUCCACAAAUGGAUCGAGACAUUCCUAUCACUGUGGUCUAUGGAGCACGUUCAUGUAUAGAUGGCAAUUCUGGCAGCACUAUCCAAUCUCUGAGACCAAAUUCGUAUGUGAAGACAAUAGCUAUCCUUGGUGCAGGCCAUUAUGUGUAUGCUGAUCAACCUGAAGACUUCAAUCAGAAAGUGAAAGAUAUCUGUGAUUCUGUGGACUGACUGUCUUCUGUUCUUCAGGAAGUCAUACAGUAGAUAGCGUUUAAUAGCAAUACUCUCUAGGAAAUCACUAAAGAAUGCAGAGCUAGUGGAACAGGCUUUGUUUGCACACUGUUUCUUCUGAGAAGCCAUUUGCACACUUAAACCACUUAGUGCCUUUUUUGAGGGGUAGAGAGAGAUUUGA